GUUUGGGACGCUGGUGUGUCAGCUGAUUUAUUUAGUUAGAGCGGUUUUUCAUAAGAAAAUUAGGUAAAAUUACUAUAAAUUAUAUGAACACUGUAGUAUAGUUGGAUUAUUUAGUGUUACGGUGUCUAAAGGAAGAAAAUAACAUGAACUUUUCGGAUAAUGAAGCCGACGACACAUCGAGUGUAGAUAGUACAUCAAAUACUGACAACACAUCUCGAAGUGAGACUCCAACAAACUCCCGCGUAAAGAAACGAAGGCGUGGUAAGAAGAAAACUACGAAACAAGUAAAGCCGCCUUAUAAAUUCAAUUGUAGUGCAAAAGAAGACCAUGGACAGCCGCUGUUUGGUUGCCAGUUCAACCACCACAUUGCUGAGGGGGAGCCGCAGAUAUUCGCUGUGGUCGGCAGCAACCGUGUCUCCAUAUACGAGUGCCCCGAGUCCGGCGGCUUCAAAUUCCUUCAGUGCUAUGCUGACCCUGAUGUGGACGAAACAUUCUACACGUGCGCGUGGUCGUACGAGGAGGAGACGAACCUCCCCCUGCUAGCGGUGGCCGGGUCCCGCGGCAUCGUCCGCAUCUUCCACCCCGCCUCGCAGACCUGCAUCAAGCACUACAUCGGACACGGGCACGCCAUCAACGAGGUGAAGUUCCACCCGCGCGACCCCAACCUCCUGCUCUCAGCCAGCAAGGACCACGCCCUCAGGCUAUGGAACAUCAUGACCGACGUCUGCAUCGCCAUCUUCGGAGGCGUCGAAGGACACAGAGACGAGGUCUUAAGCGCCGAUUUUGACCUAAAAGGGGAAAGAAUCAUGUCCUGUGGAAUGGAUCAUUCCUUGAAAUUAUGGAGAUUGGAUAAACCCUCAAUGAAUGAGGCCAUCAAGCAAAGUUACAACUUCAACCCACACAGGGCGCUGAGGCCGUUCAACUCGCUCAAGGAGCAUUUUCCAGAUUUUUCCACGAGAGAUAUUCACAGGAAUUACGUGGAUUGUGUCCGAUGGAUGGGUGAUCUCAUUUUGUCUAAGUCGUGCGAGAACGCGAUAAUCUGCUGGAAGCCAGGCCGGUUGGAGGACUCGGAGCUUCGUCCCGGGGACAGUUCCGUGACUAUCGUGCACCGCUUCGACUACAAGGAGUGCGAGAUCUGGUUCAUCCGCUUCGCUGUCGACUACAGCCAGCGGGUGAUAGCGCUAGGCAACCAGUGCGGCAAGACCAUGGUGUGGGAGCUGGGCAGCGUGGCGGGCGGCUCGCGCGUGUCGCAGCUCGUGCACCCGCGCUGCGGGGCCGCCGUCAGGCAGGUAACAUUGUCACGCAACGGCAAGGUACUUCUGACGUGCUGCGACGACGGAACCAUCUGGCGCUGGGACCGCGUCGCCAACACCAGCAUUUAACUACCAUCAUAUGAUAAGGAAUAAUACCACGUAUACAUAGAACCAUGGUAUAAGCAAACCAGUAGGCUCUGCACGGCAACCACGCCGAGCGCGGCGCGAAUUAUAUCGAGGCCUUAGACUAAUAGCCGUUUGACGGUAGAUAGCAUUUAUAUCGCUCAAUAUAAUACGCGCCGCGCGGUUGUCACACUGACCCGGCUGGUAUGCUCAAAACUGACAGCUAGCAUUUCAAGGUUACCCCAGCUGACGUCAUUCCACCCUGUGUUGCCAUUUCUUAAAAAACAAAUUUACCCACGUCCAAUGUUUUUAAUUUACUUUAGGACAUUUUGAACUUGUAGUAAAAGAUUUACGUACAGUAUUUAUGAUUUUUAUAUAGUGACAAAUAAUAGUGAUUAAAUACAUUAGUCAGUAAUUCACUUAAUUUUCAAUAAUAAACUUCACUCCCACGAAUGUUGGAGAUACCAAUUUAAUGGUAACACUACGUCAUCAAGGGCUUGUCAUAAGAUUGAGCAUACCUGGUCUUCUUAUACCAAUGCGUAGAACGGCAACUCUCCGCUCCUAGGUUUACCUCAACCCCUCGGUCUUACUUUAGUCUUCAAUCGUAUGGGCGUCAGACGUCACACACACAGAUGCGCGUGUACGAUAACGUCAAUGUGUAGUGUCUGUGUAAAACGAGUUAUUUUAUAUGAAGUGUCCGGGGUGUGCUUCUAUGAAGAUUUAUUAAGCUGAUAAAGGAUAACAGCGGAUGAAAGAUAAUAGGAUCGGAAAGAAAGCAGUAUAAUAAGAUGAAGGUUGCGAUGAAUGUCUGACUACCCCAAUUGGGAGAUAGCCGUGAGCUUAUAGGCCUGGCAGAGAAAAACAUAGAAGGACGUACAUUGACUAAAUUGGAGGUGUCGUUGGAAAAGGUCUAGACCAAUCUACUCUGCACCGGUGUGCGUGUAUGAAACGAUUGAUGAAUGUGGAGGAAACAAGAGAAGUAUGUCAGGAUCGAAGCAAAUAGAAUUCCAUUAUCUCUGCAUACCACGUUGGGAAAUAGGCGUGAGAUUAUGUAUGUAUUUAUUAAGCUCGGUACAACGCUUGUGCUUAAAGUAGUACCACGCUACGAUGGCCGUUUCCUUUUAACAUAUUAAAUUACAAUAAUUUGUUGUCAUUGUGUAUAAAAUUAUAUUGCUACCUAUAAUGAUUCCCUUAUUUUGAUCAUAAUAAUAAUGGGUGGAAGAUGUAAUUGUGCCUGCGUGUAAUAAAGAGGGUCAUCAUACAUAAACAGCCUUUAUACGUCCCACUGCUGGGCACAGGCCUCAUUUAUACCCAAAAUACAAAGGAUUUAUAUCAGUCAUCCAUGAAAUUAGAAGGUUAAACGAAGAAAAAUAUAUACAGCGCCAUCUAUAUUGUUUUUGAGGAACGUAGCCUGGAUAGUCCCUCAUUUUACUAAUUAUAAUUGAGGACCACAUAUACAGUCGUCAGUAUCAGAGACAGCAAAAAUUGCCAUUGUAAAAUAUUACUAAAAAAUAAAUUUGUUGGCAACCCUACAAAUUUGCAUUGGGUUGCCAACAAUAAAAAGUAAACCAAAGUAGUAGUAGUUCAAUGUAGUUAUUAAAUUCGGAACGUGAUAAACUUUUUUUACAGCAGCCAUCAUAGCGUGCCGCUACUUAAGUUCGUCAUGCGACUGUACCUCUGGACUACCCCAUAGGGAACGUAGUCGUUAGCUUAUAUUAUUAUAAUAGGAAGGUUUACGUCACUGCCUGUAGACAUAAUAAAUUGUAAAGCUGCCUUAUUUGGCAAUUGCGACAAGACUAAAUCUUAGCUUAAGUCACCAGCCGUAACAGAGGACUUGAUGAACAAAUGGGCAAAACCCUUUUUCCAAACGCGUUGUCUGGAGCAUAUUCCAUUAAGUUUGAAGGUAUACAUUGGCCCCGAUUCUUGCCGACACCCGUCAUCUUCUUAACCGCCGAAAAGGAAAGGGACGGGUUAUCGAUGGGCAUAACAUUUAUGGAACACACGUCAAUUUUAGGCAGAAACUACAAUUAAAAUUUUGGCCAAUAACCCAUCAAAAUUAAGUUGACAGUGCUCGUGCAAUGGGUUGCACAACAGCGAGCCUAUUUUAUUCGUCGCGUUAUUCAUUCAUUUUAAAAUUAACAAUUGUCAAUCAUCCGUCCCUAUCCUUUUCAGCGGAUAAGAAAAUGACGGGUAUAUCUUAAAAUAAAAUUAAAGAGGUUUCUGCAGGAAUCGAGGCCAUUAUACGACUAUAUUCGCUUAAAUCACAAUAAAAUUAAGAAGUUUGUUAGCAAUAAUAAAUAUGACGAUAACUUAUCACUAUUUCGUACGAUUUUAGAAUACGAAAAUGUGUUGUUUUUACAAUUGCGACUUAAAAAUGUAAAUGAUUGAGGAAAUGGUAAAAUAAUUUACAUAAUAAUGUCUCAUACAAGACUUCAGACAAUUUUGUCUUUAAAAUUUAAGCUAAACUAUGUACUGGCAUGAAUGAUUUAUUUUAAACUAAAAAACAAGACUGGCUUUAGUCAAAUUUUAAAA